AUGGACACGGACGAGGAGUCUGAGGAGUCUGAGGAGUCUGAGGAGUCUGAGGAGUCUGAGGAGUCUGAGGAGUUUAAGGAGUUAAAAGUGGAGACGCAUGAGGCAGAUCAACCUAUAAGAGUCGGAGGUCCAGAGCGGCUCACAGCAUCUUCGAGGGAACAACCAGGUGAGAAACAUCUUUCUCUGUUCCUUCAUCAACUUCUUCCUCUGGGACGUUUGAUGGUUCAGUCGCCACGUUUUCACUCAUCACUUUGUUGGAGUCUGGGGAAAAACGACGAGGGGAAGAAAGUGAGGGAAGACGAAGACGGUGUCGACAUGAAGUUGGGGAUGUUGUUGGUGGUGUCUGUGGCCGUCCUGCUGCCCAGCCGGUCCGAGGGCCGGACCGUCUCCGAAUGCGAACUGAAGGAAAAACUCGGGGAGGCCAUCACCCUGCCCGGAAGGUUGCAAAGAUUCAAGGAGAAGAUCUUGGCAAUAGUGAUCUGUGAAGUGAAAAGAAGGUCCAGGCUGGAGACUGGCUUGGUCAGGGUGUUGGGCAAACGUGGGACGACGACAACUCUCUCAGCACCAAGGGUUGACGAAACCACCAGUGAACCAACGACCACCGGAACAACAACUACUGAACCAACAACUACUGAACCAACGACUACUGAACCAACAACUACUGAACCAACGACUACUGAACCAACAACUACUGAACCAACAACUACUGAACCAACGACUACUGAACCAACAACUACUGAACCAACGACUACUGAACCAACGACUACUGAACCAACGACUACUGAACCAACAACUACUGAACCAACGACUACUGAACCAACAACUACUGAACCAACGACUACUGAACCAACGACUACUGAACCAACGACUACUGAACCAACGACUACUGAACCAACGACUACUGAACCAACGACUACUGAACCAACGACUACUGAACCAACAACUACUGAACCAACGACUACUGAACCAACAAAUACUGAACCAACGACUACUGAACCAACGACUACUGAACCAACAACUACUGAACCAACAACUACUGAACCAACAACUACUGAACCAACAACUACUGAACCAACGACUACUGAACCAACAACUACUGAACCAACAACUACUGAACCAACAACUACUGAACCAACGACCAUCGGAACAACAACUACUGAACCGAUCGACCCUGAAGCUGGUGGCGCCAGACGAAAGCGGGAUGCUGACGCAGGCAGCCAUGAGUCCAACUCGAGGGAGAUGGACGUGAGCAUGGAGGAAGUGAUGAAGGAGGUAGAAGGCGAGUCUGAUGAGGAUCUGGGGCAAGACGACGACAUGAUGGGCGAUGAGGACGAGGAGAGCGAUGAAGAGGACAUCGCGGAGGGUGGGGAGCGUAAGAAGCUACGGCCACAUCUCCCGCGGCCCAGAAAUAAGAAGUCCCUCGGGUUUUAUGGACUCUUCCAGUUGGCGGACAGCUUCUUCUGCAACUCUGGUUACCGCUGGUCCAAAAACAAGUGCAACGCACCCUGCGAAGCCUUCACCGAUGACGACAUAACGGAUGACGUCGCCUGCUUUGUGGAGACGCACUACUGGUGGAUUUUGCUGAAGAAAGCCUCCCGCAGCUGUUAUCACACCAACAACUUGUUCAGCGAAUGCGAAGGAGCCGCCGCUCGAACUGAAAACUCCAAUAGCUCAGAAACCCAAAGCCAGGCGCGAGAUGUGGCACGACAGCGUUCACCUCCAGAGCCUCGCUUUCCCGGCGCCGAGGGAGCGGCCUUUUAUCUGAGCACAACAAAAGAUGCAGGCCUCUGUCUGAUUCGCCGGCGGCGGCGGGGCUCUGCGGACCUAUAUCACGCCCAGGUGAGCGCUCGGAGUCUCAGACGACGGCCGGAGGUGAAGAUGAGGCCACUUGUGGUGCUUCUGUUGGCGCUGCUGGGCUGCGGCCGGGCGGAGCUGCAGGCGAAGUGCCAACUGAGGAAGCAGCUGCUGAAGGCGGUUGGCGACCUCGCAGAGGACGCACGGAGAGGAUUUGGAGAGAACCUGUUGGCGAAGAUCGUCUGCCAUGCCGAGCUGGCGACGGGCUUCAACACCAGUGCGGUGAGCGAGCUGAACCCCGGGGGGGCGGCGGGGGGCGGCGGGGGGCGGAGUCUCGCUCCCGGCGGAGGAGCCGAGGAAACCUGGACCUUGUACGGCAUUUUCCAGCUCAGCAACCACCUGGUCUGCAGCGACGGCUCGACCCAGCGGCCCAACAUCUGUGCGAUAGACUGCAGCCACUUGGCCGACGACGACGUACUUGAUGACAUCACGUGUCUGUUGAAGAUCCUGAACGACCUCAUUGACAAUGGCUUCACGGCGCCGCACUGGGAGCCGUUGAGACGAAUGGUCAGAAUCAUCUUCCAGGACGAGUGCAGAGACACGCAAGCCGGCGACUACUUCGCUGACUGCACAUCGCCUGGAGUCGCGUGACGUCGUGACGCGAGAGCCACAGAUUUAUGGCCAUAAUAAAAUGAAGCAUGUUGCACUUAUGCCACACCA